CUGGGGAAAGACAGCGCUGGCGGAAGUAUAACUCUUGUCUAUGGGAAGCUGAAGCGUCGGAUGAAGGUCUGCCGCGUGUGUGAGGAGCAGCCACCGAAAUACCGGUGUCCGCGCUGCAGUCUGCGCUAUUGCUCUGUAGGAUGUUACAAGAAACACAAAGAUGAUUGUAAACCACAGGAGUCUGGUUCAGUGUCAACAAUUUCAGAAUGUUCUCCAGCUUUUAAGGAAAUAAUACAGCAAGAUGGCAAUGGUCACUACUCCUCCACAGAUGAUAUCUUGGAUGAUGAUGAUGAAGAAUCUGAUCGGGUACCACUAGAGAAACUGAGACUGUUGGCAAAAUCAGAGGAGUUGAAGAGUUUACUUUGUAACCCUCACCUUAAACAGUUGCUAUUAACAGUGGACGAGGCAGAGGAUAAAGAAAGCAUCAUGAAGACAGCCAUGCAAGAACCAAUUUUCGUGGAAUUUGCAGAUCAGUGUUUACAAAUAGUUGAACCCCCAGAGAAAGAGAAUUAAAUUUUUGCCUCCUAGUAUAAACUUUUUAAUCAUUGAGCAAAUAUUUUUGUAAUUACUUUGUAAAAUGUAUAACUACUCUAGUGUUAAUUGUUUCUACUUGAUUUAAAAAAAAAAACAGCUUGGGUAUUCAGCAACUUACUGAAUGUGAUGUGAAAGACUGAAAUAUUGUUCUCCAAAGUUUGAUUUUAAACUGUUGUAAUAAAAUUUUUAUUCUUCAGCAAUGUUAUUUUAAGAAAAAUAUAGUCUAAUACCGGUGACUAACCAAUGGCUUGAAACAAAUUAAUUGGUCAUGGUAUAUAAAAGCAAGGCAAAUAAAACACACAAUCCAA